AUGAAUGCAAUAAAUAAUCAACAGCUUCCCUCCUCGGCCACUCCAUCUCCAAAUCCUUUAUCCUCAACAACAGCAACAACUCUCACUUCUUCGACAGCAGGUGGUAAUAAUAAUGCUUCUGCAUCAACAUCAAGUCAACAAGCUCCUUCAACUCCCUCGUCAUCAUCCUCUUCUGUCGUAUCUCGCGAUCGUAUAUCUCAAUGGAUAACCGAACUUCUUUCAUCAUCAACACGUGAAGGUGCCUUAAUGGAAUUAAGUCGUAAACGUGAAAAAGUAGCCGAUUUAGCCGUAUUAUUAUGGCAUUCAUUUGGUUCGGUUGCCGUCUUACUACACGAAGUCAUCAGUGUGUAUCCUUAUAUAACACCACCAACGUUAACAGCACAACAAUCGAAUCGCGUCUGUAAUGCAUUAGCUCUAUUACAAUGUAUCGCCUCGCAUCCUGAUACGCGUUCAUUAUUCAUUCAAGCAAAUAUACCAUUAUUUUUGUAUCCAUUUUUAAAUACAAAAUCAUCAACAAGACCAUUUGAAUAUUUACGUUUAACAUCAUUGGGUGUCAUUGGUGCAUUGGUUAAAACAGACGAGACAGAUGUUAUUAAUUUUUUGUUAACAACCGAAAUAAUACCAUUAUCAUUGAGAAUUAUGCAAUCGGGUAGUGAUUUAUCAAAAACAGUUGCCACAUUUAUAUUACAAAAAAUUUUAGCCGAUGACUGUGGUCUCAAUUAUAUUUGCCAAACAUUUGAUCGAUUUUCACACGUGGCAAUGGUUUUGGGACGAAUGGUUUUACAACAGCAACGUGAGCCAAGUGGACGAUUAUUAAAACAUAUAAUUCGUUGUUAUUUACGUUUAUCGGAUAAUCCUCGUGCUCGAGAAGCUCUUCGUUCAUGUUUACCUGAUUGUUUGAAAGAUCACACAUUUGAUAUUGCUCUGAAAGAUGAUCAAUCGACAAAAAAAUGGUUAACACAAUUAUUGAUGAAUUUGGAAUCAUCUCCACCCACAAAUGCUGUUAAUAGUAGCGGUGUUGGACAGCAACAACCACAACAGCAAACAUCAACAUUUCAACAGCAAUCAUAG